AUGCCUCGAAAUGCUCAUGAUAAUAAGCUCUAUCCCAAUAAACGUGACAUCACGUUGUUGGCCCAGGUGUUAGAGGAGGAGGAAUCGGGAGGGGCGCGGGUCCCCUUUACUCUGCAGGAUGUGCCUUGCGUCAAGGAUUUUCCUUGCGUCAAGGAUGUCCUCGCGUCAAGGAUGUGUCGUCACAUGAAACUGGUUGAUGACCUGCAUUCUCUCUGUCUCGCUGGAGAAUGGACGGAGAAGGGCGGGAGGCGAGGAGGGCACGCGAUUGGUGGAGAGCGCGAGAGGCCCCGCCUCCUCCGUGUCCCGCGGCGCGAUCCCAUUGGUGGAGCCGGAGGGGAUCCGUUGGCUUCCAAUCAAUACGUUGGAGGGCCAACAGUAGCCCAGCGAGGAGGGGAGAAUAGAAGCGAUUCCGCGUAUUCCCAGUGGCUCUCCUCGGCCGCGGGAGUUGCCUACAACCGACAGCCCCCGUCCCCAAACAUGCUCACCAUGGAGUCCGACCUCAAGAGUGCAGCGCACUUGAUGUCGCCUCAUGCGAUGCCGAGCCUGGGGAGCCUUGGAGGGCACCCUGCGUACACGCCGGGGCACCAUGUACACCAUUCCAUGCAUCAGCCCCUGCAUCACCCCGUAACGUCUUCCCCCUCCUCCGUCGUACCUCCUAGUCAUCAUCAGAUGUCUCCGACGGGAGGUCCGACGCCCCCUACCCCCCCAAGCUCGGGUAUCCAUUCGGCCCAGCAUCACCUGGGCACCACCCCCAUCACGACGACGGCGAACAGCAACGCGAGCAACGGUGGCCACCACGGCGGCCCGAACGGUAAGGGCUCGGCGGCGGCGAACAAGUACGACGACCGGGUGAAGCGGCCGAUGAACGCCUUCAUGGUCUGGUCCCGGGGCCAGCGACGGAAGAUGGCACAGGAGAACCCGAAGAUGCACAAUUCUGAGAUUAGCAAACGUCUCGGGGCCGAGUGGAAACUUCUAUCCGAGGUCGAGAAGAGACCGUUCAUCGACGAGGCGAAACGAUUGCGAGCGGUGCACAUGAAGGAGCACCCGGAUUACAAGUACCGUCCCCGCCGGAAGACGAAGACCUUGUUGAAGAAAGAUAAGUACCCGCCGCUCGGAAGCGUCGGGAGCACCCUGUUGUCGGCGGCGGGGAAUGCGGGGAACAACGCAAACGCUUCUCAUCAGAUCCCACGGGACAUGUACGCCCAGAUGCCGAACGGGUACAUGCCCAACGGGUACCCGGGAAUGAUGCACCACGAUCAGGGGGGUUACUACAGCCCCAUGUCGGCCUACCGCUACGACAUGGGGAUGUACGGGACGUCCCACUCCCAGGUGCCGACGGCCAGCACCUCUCCGACGUCCUCCUCGUACAUGAACGGCGGGGGUAACGGGAAUCCGGCAUACGCUUAUAACCAGGCCGGUUCCCCAUACUCCUCCCAGGGGAUGAUGAUCAAGAACGAGGGUAGUCCCACGGGGACGUCGGGGAACCAGACGCCCACCCCGCCCUCCGGGACCGUGAAGGACUACCACCGGGACUACAACCCCCCGCCCAACUCGGGGGAUCUCAGGCAGAUGAUUUCCAUGUAUCUGCCAACCGAUCCGAAUCUGCAACGUGGCCUCACUCCGACGCAAUACGCUAGCAACUCUCCGGACACUCUGACGGCUCCGGCUGCCAGCGUCCCUCUCACCCACAUGUGAGGAUACGAGGCGGAAAUUCUGUACCUCCCGUUUUUCUUUCUAACUUCUCUGUGUAUUCGUGAGUGUGACCCUUCGGAAUCACCAAAAGUAGUAGAGCUGGGUGUAAAGCAUAGGUCUUGUGAUGCCCCUUUUCUCUCUUUCUCUCUUUCUCUAUCUGACAUCUUGUUAAAUGUUACUUGUUGAAAGGCUUGUUUUUUUAGUGGUGACAAAGGCAACCCUGUUUUCGUUGACGACAUUAAUGGUAACCCUGGUCCCGGUCGAGUCGGUCGUGUCGAGUUUCCUCCCUUUCCCAUCAUCAAUUCUAGGGUUUUUCCGCCUGUGAUAUCGUAUCGGUAGGCUUCGUGGAUACUGUAUAAUUAUAUAUAUUAAGGAAAAAGAAGUAUGACGUGUUGAGUAUUGUAUGAAUGAGGAACUCGGCUGCUGGCCUUCUCCGUGCAGGAAUUUUCUCCAAGGAUUAUCAUCCCAUCAUGUGCCAAUUCCUUUUUCCAUCCACUCUGUGUUUCUCUUAAGUUACAGAGAAUGUAAGUUCCCACGGUGAUUUUUACAUAGACGUUGUGUUCCCUGUAUAUAUUAUUUUUUCCGUUCUGUCGUUCCCCUCACCAAAGACGAACGAAACGAAGACGGAGUUUCUUUGCGCUUGGCGACCUUGCCACUUUUUCGUGUGCAAAUUUUCCCCCCUCGUGUGUGUACAUAUAUAGAGGGAAAUGUGGAGACGAAGGGAAUUCGGUUUGUAGGCACGAAGCAACCCGUUCUUGUCCCUUUUUCCUUCUUCGAUCCAGAUCAGAAACUUGGUUUCUCCCAUCCUGAAUAAAGAAG